GCUCAAACGACAGCAAGUAAACAUGGCGCCAUGAGUGAAAAGCAGUUGUCAACUUAUAUAAAAAUAAGUGAUUCUUUUAGUUUAUAUUAACAUGGAUAAUAAAAAAAGUCCUAUACGUAGAGCAAAACGUUCAGCAAAAGUGUUGGAAGAUAAUUUCUGGGACUGCAGUGUGUGUACGUUUAGAAACACGGCGGAAGCUUUCAAAUGUUUGAUGUGUGAUGUUAGAAAAGGAACUUCGACUCGUAAACCUAGAAUAAAUCCACAAUUAGUGGCACAACAGGUAGCCAGUCAAUUUCUACCAGCAACCAGUAACCAAAAAAAGGAGAAAAAAGAUAAGAAAUCUCUCAAGAAGCGUCGUCAUCCACCCCGAUUGAAAAAUAUCGAUAGGAGCAGUGCUCAAACAAGGGAAGUUACAGUUAAUAGUGUUACAGUUGUUAUUACAGAAUAUAAACCAAAAAUUAAAACUGCCGAAACUAUAUCUAGUAGUAGUUCUUCGGAUCAUGGGUCACAGUCGGAAUCCAGCAUGGACGCGAGGUGAAUUUCAUUGAAAAACUGCACUUGUAUGUAUAUGUAUAUAUAUAUCUGAGUGGUAUAUUGUAGGGUGCAGUGACUCUAUUAUCGAGGACAAUGACUUGUGACCUCAGGUAAUAAUGCAUUUUGAGAAAAAAUUGAAUUAUAAAUUAUUUUUUUGUAUAAAAGUUGACAUUUAUUAUAAGAGAAUAUAGAAAUUUACAUUUCAUAGUAUAAUUAUAAUAAGUUUCAAAGUUACUAUUAAUAUUUUGUAUAGGUACGUGAUUUUUCUAACCUAUAAAGGUUCGUAGCAUCGCAUUCAUUUAUAAAAUUCAUAUUUAAGCUUUAAAUUUCACCCUUGGAAUGGAAAAAUUGUUUUUUUUUAACAAUAAGUAUUUAACUGUGUUUUUUAUUAAAAAAAAUCCAGAAAAACAAUAUAAUUAUGAUUAAAAAUCGUUAAUAUGAUUCUAAUUAAUUAUUUAGAAGUAUUUUUCGACCGUCUAAUCAUUAUUAUUGCCAACCUGAAACUCAAUUAACCAUUUUUAGUAAAUUUUUUGAUAUAUCUAAUCAUCAAUUUACUAUGUUGAUAAGUAGACAUGUUCCUUCAAAAAAUAUUGUCUUUAUUUAACAAAUUUAUUUAUUCAAACAUUACUUAUAACACAUAAGUAGCCGAGGUUUUGUUGAAUACCAUUCGGAAUAAGUAUUUUUCAAAAUUUACACAUUUCGGAAAGUAAUUUUUGACUUUUGAGUAAUUGUAGGGUUUCAUUGAAGCUUUAUUAUAAUUUUUCUUUGAAAAAAUCGCAUGCUGAAGGACUUUAAAUGUAUAAUAUUAAUUAUUUUAAUACCGAUUCGAAACUAACCUCAAAAAUGUAACUUAAAUUGAUGUAGGGUCCAUUGGGGUGAUAAUAAGAUGUAACAAAAAUUAUUAUUUUGUUCGAUUUGGUACUACAAAUUAAUUUGAGAAGUUUUUUAAUGAAAUUAAGAAAAUAAAACAAGAAAUUGCUUUUAAAUUAAAUUAUAAGUGAAAUAUUGAAAUAAAAUAUCUUUUUUUUUUAAUUUGAAGUGAUUUUAUCAAUUUCUUUGUUAACUAGGAGGUGGAAAUGUUAUUAAACUUCAUAUAUAUAUAUAUAUAUUAAAUGACGUGGAAAACUAGAUGGUUUAACAAUUUUUAGUAUACAAUAUAAUCAUCACAGCGAGUCAGUUCUACGACAAACCACACUCGUAUUUAUAUACAUUUUGUCAAUUGCUGAGGAGAUAAUGCUGGUUAUUAUUCAUCCUAAUUUCUCGAACUUGUUAUUUAUAUUGUCGUCGACGCAACCUUCGUUAACUGCGGGUGAUUUUCAUCCCCCUAGUUUUUUCAGUUUUAAAUCACCACACCUGUUAAUUUUGAUUGAUAAAAUGUACUGGGUGCGCAACUAAGAACUGAUAUUCCAGUAACGGAUUAUUUACAGCAUUUGGGAAAAAAAAUUAUAACAAAAAUGGCCCCGAAAAAUGCGUGGAAAUUAUUUACACAAUUUCAGAUCUAUUACUUUGAAAAUAAGUGAAUUUUUUCAAAUAUUACCCAAAUUAAGUAGCAUUUUAUAUGAAAUAAUCGAAUUCUUCAAAAAAUUCCGCGCAUUUUUCCCCCUACAAGUUUCAAUUUAUCUCUUCAAAUAAACGAUAGGGGAGAGUGGGAACGUUUUUUUUUCAAAAAUUGAUUGUAACUCCGGUUCUGCUUAAUCGAUUUUUAUGAACUUGAUGUCGUUCGAAAGAACUUUUAUCCAGCAAUACGUAAUAUAUAAAUUCCACGCUAUUUAAUUAUAAAAGGGAAUGCUAGAGGGCGUUGUUUCAUAUCUUCUAAAUAUUGUGAUUUCUCUUUACAAAUUUAACUGAAUUAUUAAAGUUUGAGUAGGUUUUUAAAAAGUGAGUUUAAUUAACGUUAAAUUAGCGAAAACCGAAUGUCGAUAUCUUUUUUUCUUCUCGAGAUAUCUUAAGAAAUAUUUUAUUAGCUUCGUUCAUUAUAGAAAUUAGAUAUAUACGCAUUAAAUAUUAAAAUAGUAUAAAAACUAAUUCAGAAUAAUGUGGAUGACGAUUUUUUUUUGAGGCAUUUUCGUCGUUUGACGUCCAUAUAUUGUUUCUACUUUGUCAAGAAGCGGUCGAUUAGGUUAAAAACCGUUUCGGAUUUAUAUUAGUCGCGUUCAGUACAAUUUGUAAUGAAAAAACAAACAAAACAACACAAAAAAAAUGAUUUCAGUUUUACUAUUUAUCCACAAGGUCACUUUUUUAAUAUCACCCAAUCGACCCUACGAAUUGAUCAUCAAUUAACUAUUUAUUUGUGUAUAUAAUUGAAUUGAUACUAGAUACUAUAUGGUACUAGGUGAUAGAAGUUUGAUUUGCUCAAUAUAUUUCGUAUCUCUAAAAGAUUUUGACACCUUUCAACUGUCAAUUCCUGUCAAAGUUCGAUUUUCAUCAUUUUCGACAUAUUUUAUGUGUCUGAGUCACGUUUUGAGAUGUUUUUGGUCAUUUUUAAUAAAUUUUAUGCAUAAACUAGUCGAAUAAAUGUCUCUUGUUAUGUUUUUUGCGAAAUAGAAGGUCCAAAUUGGUCGUUUUAUUAUUAUAUCAGUUCGAAUCUUUUAGAGGCACCCUCGUAUAUUCAAUAAAUUUAUAAUUUGA